AUGGGAGUUCUUACAAACGGAGAGAACACGGAAUCCCGGAGGUCCUCGCCUCGCAGCGAGUGGGAGGUGCCUGCUCUGGCCACGCCCCCUGUGGGCAAAAUGACCAAUCAGCGAAGAGACCGGGCGCGGACCCGGACCGUCCCGCUUUCCACAGCCCUGCCAGUUCCCAGGCCCCCAAGCCAUAGUCGGCUCCCUUGGCCCGAAAUCUUAACGUCACACAAGAGAGUCUCCGCCUCCUAUAGCUCUGGGGACUACAUCUCCCAGCAAGCUCCGCGCGGGCCACGCAGUCUAGCCAAUUGGGGCUUGGUGACUGUUGAGGGUGCUGUGCCUCUAACCUGGGGAGAAUGGGGGCAUCUGGACACAGCUCGGAGGGACUUCUGCAGGGAGCGUGCAGAGGCCCUUGGGAGUGCAGUCCUGCCUAAGACGAGAGUCUCUAAAAAUAAUGAAUUUGGGAAUAGCGGCCGAAGUUCCAGCUUUGUUCUUGGUCAGAAUGUCCAGACAGCAGAGAGUCCCUUGGAUGGAGAUGGCCAUGGGUCCAAGAGCAGACAGAGUUUAGGUGAGGGAAAAUGUUCCACGUGGAAACCUCACAACUGUGACAGUGGAGACAAUGCCCAUAGUCUGAGCCUUGUUGAGACACAGACAUUUCAUGAAGUAAAGUCUUAUAAAUAUGGGAGUUGCCAGAGUUUCAGACACUCGGACCUCUUCAAACACCAGCACAUCCACACAGGUAAGAAACCCUAUGGAUGCCAAGAAUGUGGGAAAAGCUUCUGCCAGAGGGCUGCCCUGAUCAAACACUGGAGGACACACACAGGCGAGAAGCCUUGUGCGUGCCCACAAUGCGGGGAUUGCUUCUGCCAGAGCCCACAUCUGAACCGACACUGGGAACACACACAUGCCUGGGAGAAGCACUGCCAGUGUGAGGAAUGUGGGGAGACCUGCCAUAUUUCCAGCCUGCACAGACAUCAGAGACUGCAUAUAGGGGAGAAGCCCUGCAGAUGUGAAAACUGCAGCAAGAGCUUCAAACAGCCUUCCGACCUCCUUAAGCACCAGGGCAUCCACACUGGGGAGAAGUCUUAUGGAUGUUCUGUCUGUGGGAAAAGCAUCAGUCAGAGUGCAGUGCUCGCUAAACACCAGAGAACUCACACUGGAGAAAAACCCUACAAAUGUCUGGACUGUGGAGAAAGCUUUAGACAUACACACUUCCUCAGACACCCGAGGCUCCACCAAGAUAAACUCCCAUCACAUCGAUGUGCUUCUGCGUGA